UUAUGUACUAAUCCUGAAGUAACUUAGAGUAUAUAGUAUUUGUAUAGUAUAGUAUUUUUAUUUGUCAUUGUACAACAACAAAAUGUAUAUUGUAGUCCCAAUUUGCGACAUAGGAAAGAAAACAACCAACAAAAGAAACUAUAUUAUAUCUGGAGAGUGGAGGAUGAAUUAAGGAGUCUCGCAGCCAGAGGAAAGAAGCUGUUACGUUGAUAUGAAUCUCUUUCCAGACAGCAGCAGGAUGAACAGGUUGUGUUCUUCUGUGCACGUUGACAAGAACGUGGAACCGGCAUUUUGGAAUUUGAAGCUGAUAACUUGCUCCACCUCAGCUCCAUUGAUGUACUGGGUUGUGCGUCUAAGCAUUUCCUUUUCUUCUGAAAUCAACAAUCGGCUCCUCGUUUUUACUGACAUUGAGCAGUAAGUUGUGGGUGUUUGUGAACAGGAUAGGGCUGAGCACACAGCCCUGGGGCUCCAGUGUUCUGCCUGUGGAGUGCAAACUGCCUGAGACCCGUUUGUGAAGAAGUCUCAUAACCAGUUGCAGAGUGAGGUGCUCAAGCCCAGAUGAUUGGAGAAGCCAGCCACAUCAUGGAGCACUUCUCAUCUCCGGUCAGGUUCCGCAGCAGCAGCAAUAAAGGUAACUUUGUCUGUAACGCACAGGUUGCAUCAGCGAUUUAUUUAAACUGAUAGUUUCUGCAAUAUUAAUUAGUCAGCUAAUCGAAUAAUCACAACAGCAGCCAGAGCCAAUUUGUUAGGUGUUUUUUUUGUGCGGCACUUUAUUUUAUUAUUAUAUAUUUUUAUUUUGCCCCUUAAUCAUGUGUAGUAAUAAGUAUAGUGCAUCAUUGAGUUUGCAUCAGGUGUGUGUGAUAUAAACUAUGGGAGUAAAUGUUGGUAUGAACCACGAGUUUAAAGUGUGUGCAUUGUUAGCAGGGGGGUGUCACAAAGCUACUUAUUUAUUUCACUAGUGCCAACAGCCAUACUUGUUUACUCAUUAUUCAGCUUAUACAAGUCUCUUUGAAUUUGAAAUUGUCUUUUUUGCAAACAUUAAAUGUUUUCCCUUUUAUAUAUUCUAUCCUCUGCUCAAAAAAGAUGCAGCUUUCUCAGAAAAGGAGGUAGGACACGAUUGUAGAAUAGUCUUUAAUGAUAGUGUUUGUAGCUUGUGUGUGUGUGUGGUGUGUGUGUGUGUGUGUGUGUGUGUGUGUGUGUGUGUGUGUGUGUGUGUUUAAGAGUUAAAUCUCCAACCCCCCACCCUGUCAGCAAUAGAAGCUGGGUUAAGCCUGUUGCAAAGCUUUGUGGGUAAUGAGAGCUGACAGGUAGAGGGGAUGGCAGUCGAACCCUGAUCAGGCCAGCAGCUGUGUGGGCUGUUCUGUUCUGCUGACUUUGGGCCUCAACCGGACCAUGUGAGCCUCCUUUAAAGCAGGUGUGGACUCUCGGGUGAGCUAACUGCUCAUGAUAGCGUGUAGAGUGGCUCUGUGGGGAUUUCACCUGUGUGGUAACCAAAGCAGUACAAUAUGUGUAUCCACUAAGCUAUAAGCUCCACACUGAAAGAUGGACCUUGAACAUUCUUAAAAAAAAUAUUACUUCAGUUUAGUCAGUAUAUCCAGUUUGAUACUAUGGACAGAUGGAGGAAGGGCCUCUGUAAUGGUGUAAUGGGAUUACAAGUCAGGACUAAUCAGCGGAGAAAGGGUAGCCCCAGAAGACUCAUUACGCUGUAUUCAGAGAGCAGGACAAUGAAUGUGCCACCAGCAGCCACUUAGUCAGUUUUGUGCAUACAUGGAUUAAAGAUUAUUACAUUUAAUUUGAGGGGAAAAGGAUUAAUUAACUACAGCUUUUAAUGUCAUCAUCUUUCCAAGCAGAGCAGUAAAUAGGAAAAAUAAAUCACUCUCCGUUUAGUUUUGAUUAAAAGCUGUAUUUUUAGACUUUCGAUCGUACAUAAAAUUCAAUAAUGUGCCUCCUGUCACAGUUGCCCAGUCUGUCCAUUGAGGACCAGGAGGACAGUCUGUUUCCUUACGCCAUGAGGGAUUUACCUCCCAUCUCUCAGCCUGGUGACCAGCACCAGAAACCAGACCACCAGGCACCAGUCCACCGGGAGGCAGAGGGAACUGGGACAGCAGCCAACAGCCUCUCUGGGACCCCCACGCUGCCCCGUGCCGUCCUGUGUAACCCUACUGGCUCUCCAACAGUCCCCCAUAGACCAAGUCGCGUGGGACCAAACACAGAUCUUAAACCCUUGGCGCUGAAGAGGCAGCUCAUCCCUCAGGUCUCUAUGGAUUAUCCACUCAUCCCCGCAUCACGUCCACACAGCCCCUGGGGACGCUUUGACCCGUAUGACUCUCCAGAGGAUCAGGACAGAGAGUAUGUGGGUUUUGCCACAUUGCCCAACCAGGUUCACAGAAAGACGGUGAAGAAAGGUUUCACAUUUACGCUUCUGGUGGCAGGGGAGUCUGGCCUCGGCAAAUCCACACUAAUCAACAGUUUGUUCCUCACGGACCUCUACAAAGAUAGGAAGGUUCCCAAUGCACAAGAACGGAUUGAUCAAACAGUCAACACCAUAAAACACACCAUUAGCAUUGAAGAGAAAGGAAUCAAAGUGAGGCUCACCGUCAUUGACACACCGGGGUUCGGAGAUGCUGUCAACAACACAGAAAGCUGGAAUCCAAUAGAAGACUACAUCGACCAGCAGUUUGAACAGUACUUCAGAGAUGAGAGCGGGUUGAACAGAAGCAACAUCCAGGACAACAGAGUCCACUGCUGCCUCUACUUUAUCUCUCCAUUGGGCCACGGUCUUCGGCCUCUGGAUGUGGCGUGUAUGAAGGCUUUGCAUAACAAAGUGAACAUUGUUCCUGUUGUGGCCAAAGCUGACAGCCUGACACAAGCUGAAGUCCACAGAAAGAAGAUGAAGAUCAGAGAGGAGAUUGAGCAGUUUGGGAUCAACAUCUACCAGUUUCCUGAGUGUGAUUCAGAUGAGGACGAAGACUUUAAAAAACAGGACCAGAUACUCAAGGACAGCACCCCAUUUGCAGUAAUUGGGAGUAAUGUUCAGGUGGAGAGUAAAGGUCGCAAGUUCAGAGGCCGUGUCUAUCCCUGGGGUGUGGUAGAAGUGGAGAACUCGGCUCACUCUGACUUCCUGCUGCUGAGGAACAUGCUGGUGAGGACGCACAUGCAGGAUCUGAAGGAUGUGACUGGGGAGACACACUAUGAAAACUAUAGAGCCCAGUGCAUUCAGAAUAUGACCCGCAUGGUGGUGCAGCAGAAAAAAUGCAGUUUGCGUGAAAAGCAUCAAGAGCAAAGCAAGGCAGAUUUUCCUCUGCCACUGGCUCCCCCUGACUCUCAAAACUCGGAAAGACUCAUAUUUGAGAAAGACGAAGAGCUGAGGAGGAUGCAGGGUGUGCUGGAGAGGGUCCAGGAGCACAUGCAGCACAGCCAGAGAGGUGGUUUCUGAUUUCUAAGAAGGAGGAGGAGACGACCAGCUAGGAGCCCCCAGGAACACAGAGGAGGCCCCGUCUACAAUGCAUGACGAGCAAAAAGAGUUGGAACAAAAGUAGCAACAUUGAGGACUGGACUGCCCCCCCCCCCCCCCCCCCAAAAAAAAACUUUACACUCCAACUCUGAAAGUAUAAAGACUUGGCUACACGGACUCCUGUGCAUAUUGGCUUACCUGCACCCAGGAGAUGUUCCAGACUUCAGCAGGCCGCACUGGCUCAUCUUUAUACCAUUAAUGUUAUUCAUGUGUUCCAGGACUGCAACUUGAGUAGUAAUCUUGCUAAGGAUGUGACACCUUAAAAAUGUCAUCUAGUCCAGUGGUUCUCAACCUUUUUUCAGUGAUGUACUCCGUGUGAAAUAUUGUUUUCAACCGAGUACCCCCUUACCAGUGCAAAGCAUUUUGGGUUGAAAAAAGGUGUAAUAAACAGCGGUGUGCAAUCAGUAUCUGAUUUUAUUUCUGAUAUUUAUUAAAUAACUACUUUAAAGGAUUUUUAAUAGAUGUUCAUUUAAAAUAUAUAUAUUUUAAAUCAUGUACCCCCUGGAGUGCCUUCACGUACACCCAGGGGUACACGUACCACCAUUUGAGAACCACUGAUCUAGAGGUUUUGGUAGUGAUGUUGAGUCGGGUUUUAAUUUGUAAACAGCAUUUUCACGUUUAUUA